GCAGCCGCGCGGAGCCCAGCCCAGCCCACCCGCCUCGGCCGACGGCUGCAGGCUGACCUGGAUCUUCGAAGCGAUUGCCGGCCGGCAGUGAUCCACCCUCAUCUUCCGGGCUGGUUUCUGGACAGCCAGGAGCGCUCUCCUCGCGGACCCUCUUGCUGGACCCCUGGACCCCGAUGGCUCGGAUGGGGCUUGCGGGCGCCGCUGGACGCUGGUGGGGACUCGCUCUCGGCUUGACCGCAUUCUUCCUCCCAAGUGCACACACCCAGGUGGUCCAGGUGAAUGACUCCAUGUACGGCUUCAUCGGCACCAACGUGGUCCUGCACUGCAGCUUUGCCAACCCACUGCCCAGUGUGAAGAUCACCCAGGUCACAUGGCAGAAGGCCACUAAUGGCUCCAAGCAGAACGUGGCCAUCUACAAUCCAGCCUUGGGUAUCUCUGUGCUGCCUCCCUACCAAAAACGCGUGGAGUUCCUGCAGCCCUCUUUCACUGAUGGCACCAUCCGCCUCUCCCGCCUGGAGCUGGAGGACGAGGGUGUCUACAUCUGCGAGUUUGCCACCUUCCCGAAGGGCAAUCGUGAGAGCCAGCUCAAUCUCACUGUCAUGGCCAAACCCACCAACUGGAUUGAGGGCACCCAGGCAGUGCUUCGAGCCAAGAAGGGACAGGAGCACAAGGUCCUAGUGGCCACCUGCACCUCGGCCAAUGGGAAGCCUCCCAGUGUGGUGACCUGGGAAACGCGGCUAAAGGGCGAGGCUGAGUACCAGGAGAUCCGGAACCCCAAUGGCACAGUGACCGUCAUCAGUCGUUACCGCCUGGUGCCCAGCCGGGAAGCCCAUCAGCAGUCACUGGCCUGCAUUGUCAACUACCACAUGGACCGCUUCAGGGAGAGCCUCACUCUCAAUGUGCAGUACGAGCCAGAGGUGACCAUUGAGGGGUUUGAUGGGAACUGGUACCUGCAGCGGAUGGACGUGAAGCUCACAUGCAGAGCAGAUGCCAACCCCCCAGCCACCGAGUACCACUGGACCACGCUGAAUGGCUCUCUCCCCAGGGGCGUGGAGGCCCAGAACAGAACCCUCUUCUUCAGAGGGCCCAUCAACUAUAGCCUGGCAGGGACCUACAUCUGCGAGGCCACCAACCCCAUUGGCACACGCUCAGGCCAGGUGGAGGUCAAUAUCACAGAAUUCCCCUACACCCCAUCUCCUCCCGAAUACGGGCGGCGCGCCGGGCCUGUGCCCACAGCCAUCAUUGGGGGCGUGGCGGGGAGCAUCCUGCUGGUGCUGAUUGUGGUCGGCGGGAUCGUGGUCGCCCUGCGCAGGCGCCGCCACACCUUCAAAGGCGACUACAGCACCAAGAAGCACGUGUACGGCAACGGCUACAGUAAGGCGGGCAUCCCCCAACACCACCCACCCAUGGCCCAGAACCUGCAGUACCCCGAUGACUCGGAUGACGAGAAGAAGGCCGGCCCGCUGGGGGGAAGCAGCUAUGAGGAAGAAGAGGAGGAGGAGGGCGGUGGUGGGGGCGAGCACAAGGUGGGCGGCCCCCACCUGAAAUACGACGAGGACGCCAAACGGCCCUACUUCACUGUGGAUGAGGCAGAGGCCCGUCAGGACGGCUAUGGUGACCGGACUCUGGGCUACCAGUACGACCCUGAGCAGCUGGACUUGGCUGAGAACAUGGUUUCUCAGAACGACGGGUCUUUCAUUUCCAAGAAGGAGUGGUACGUGUAGCCCACUCUCCAGAGCCUCUUGUCUGCACCCACUUCUCCCCAG